AUGAAGAUAUGGGGAAGUGAGGGCAAAGUCCUGUUGCAGAUUAUACACUUUUUCUUUGCUCUUGGUGGAGUUUUAUCUCCCUUGUACACAGAGCCUUUUCUGGCAAAACGGUUCAUGGACAAUGGAACAGCUACAGACAAUUUUACAACUGGAAAUUCUUCUCAAUUCUAUUAUUUGAAUGGUCCUCAGACAACGAACGUUCGACAUGCAUUCCUUGUCUCUGGUAUAUUCAUGGUUAUAACUAGUAUACCCUUUAUUGUAUCGAUUAUCAAGCCGCCUUCACAGAUCAUUAGGAACCAUCUAGAACAGAACAUAAAUAUCGGAAUGACUUAUAGAGAACUUCCAUGCUGUUUGCAUUUGUUCGUACUAACAAUUAUAUGCAUUAUUUUCUUGCUGUACUGCUGUGUCGAAUUGACGUUUGCAUCAUUUCUUAUGUCUUUCUUGAUCAAUGAAUACGAUUCUAUGACAAAGGCAGAAAGUGUACAUAUCAUUACUGUAUACUGGGUGUCCUUUGCAGCGUCCAGAUUUCUAAUGAUCUUUGUAUCGAAAUUGUUAUCAGCUAUCAGAUUAUUGUUUUUAUGUCUGUUUUUUAUGAUCGUGGCAUAUACUGGAUUUAUGAUUAGUGCACUAUUUGAGGUGAUUCCAGCUAUUGUUGUCUUCACGGCAAUGACAGGAUUUGGUAUGUCUGGUGUUUUCGCUGGAGGGUUUUCCUGGGCAGAAGCUGAACUAAUUAAAGUCACAGCAAGGGUAUCUUCCAGCAUUACCAUAACUGCUUCCACUGGUAAAAUUUUCAUUCCUCUGAUUCUGGGAUUUCUAAUGGAAGAAGCUAGCAACAUGUGGUUUUGUUAUAUAUUACUUGGUCAAACUGUGUUUUUGUGUCUUCUUUUUAUGUUUCUCUUAUUGUUUAAUAGACUGUAUCUGAACACUGUGUAUGGUUCAAUGACUUUGAUGGAGCAAAAUAUUGUACUUAGCUGA